CAGAUGGUCAGGCCGGUGGAGGGCGGGCUCCUUCCUCUACUAGCUCUCACUUUGGGACUGUCCUUUCUUGUCUUUGUUCCCCGACACCCUAACGUUCGCUAUCUUGUUUGUCUUCUCCAUCUGCAUCUCUUUUGCGUCGCUUUCUUGUCGGAGUUUGACUUAUUUGUUUUCUUCUUUUGGCUAACCUGACACAAAGAAGGAAGCACAAGAAAGCCAGUUCAAGUUGGUCUGGUACCAGACGGAAUGCUGCGCUCAGUACCGCAGGCGACACCAGAGUCUUUGACGACAUAGAUCAAGCGACCCCUCUAGCGAAACCUCGCGUCGCUUUAUAGCAGGGCGCAGUCCGAAUUGAAUCUUCUACCUAAGCCUUAAUCGCCCCCGCCCCCAAGCCUCGCCUCGGCGAGCAACGACCCGUCGCAAUGCUUCCACUUCGUCGGCGUGGACGAUUUUAUGCCAUAGUCGCUGUGGUCAUGGUCUUCCUGCUGUAUCGAUUCAUGCAAAAUUCAUGGUCACAAUCUCCUCACUUCGAAACGGUGAAGCAACCGAGCCAGCCAGCUUCUGACCCAGUGCAGGGCUCGAAAGAAGCCUUUGAACCGCCUGUCGUACCGCCACCCGUCCAGCUUCCCGAUUCCGAGCAGGAUUCCAACGCCGCCAAUAAACCCAAACCAGCUGUACCUCAAGACGGGCCAACUGUGCCAGAGAAGGUUGCAGAGAAAGUCGAUACACUUGCAGAAGAGAAGCCUGUCGUCGAUAAACCUAUCUCUGUUGGGGACGCUGCGCUGCCAGAUGACAAGAAGGAAGAGCACAAGAAGCCAGCCGAGCAAAGUACACCACAGAUUCCUGAUGUUCACUUUAAGGACCCUCCUAAGCAGGCCGACAACCCUGAUAUUCCCGAUGUCAACGUUGAUGGAUCCAAAGUUCACUGGACCAAGCCCAAGGAGAACUUCCCUAUCCCCCCUGAGUCAAUCAGGCCAGUCCCAACAGGCACAGCUCCCAGUAUCAACAGAAUCCAGUUCGACUUCCAACCUGAGGACGUACAGACAAGCACCACUCGGUUGGAUCGACUGAAACGUGUCAAGGCAGAGAUUGAACGUGCCUGGACUGGUUAUCGUAAAUUCGCAUUCCCACAUGAUGAACUCAAGCCUGCUUCUAUGAAGUAUCGCGACACUUUUUGUGGCUGGGGUGCGACACUCAUCGAUUCGCUUGAUACUCUUUGGAUCGCUGGUAUGCAAGAGGAGUUUGAUGAAGCCGCCAAGGCCGUCGCCAAUGUCGACUUCACUUAUUCUGAACGUAACGACAUUCCCGUUUUUGAAACUACCAUUCGUUACUUGGGUGGCCUUAUCGCUGCGUACGAUGUUAGUGGUGGACCCUCUGGCCAGUAUAAGAUUCUGCUGGAUAAGGCCGUCGAACUUGCGGAGGUCCUCAUGGGCGUCUUUGAUACGCCUAACCGCAUGCCCCUAUUAUAUUAUCGAUGGCAUGAGCCUUAUGCUUCACAACCCCACCGAGCGAGCACUGUUGGAAUCGCUGAGCUUGGAACUCUGUCUAUGGAGUUCACUCGCCUCGCUCAAUUGACGGGUACCAACAAAUACUAUGAUGCUGUUGAUCGUAUCACCGAUGCCUUGAUUGAGAUGCAAGCAGCGGGUACUGAUAUUCCAGGACUUUUCCCCGAACGCAUCGAUGCCUCUGGAUGUAACAGGACCGCUGCCACUCGGACUGAAAGCCUCAGCCAGGAGGCCCGGGAGCAAGUCAAUUCUGCCGACCUGACUAAGGAACCUGAAGGAUUUGAUCCCACGAAACUGGGCGGAGAUGUAGCCUCUCCCGCACAGCUCCCUCAAGCUGAUAGUCGUUGGGAGGACAAGCUCCAACGCCGCGAUGUUCCUGUAGAUACUGAUGAGGCAACCAACGCGGGUGAUCAGAUACCAGCUCGACCUGGGGCUCAACAGGCGCCCCCUCUUACUGCAGAUGGAUCUUCGGCAGACUGGGAUUGCAAGCCUCAGGGUCUCGUUUCCAGUAGCCCUAACUAUGGACAUUUCCACAUGGGAGGUGCCCAAGAUUCAGCCUACGAGUAUUUCCCCAAGCAAUAUUUGCUCUUGAAUGGUCUGGAACCCAAGUAUCGCCCGCUGUACGAGAACACUAUCGACGCGAUUAAUGAAUGGUUGCUUUAUCGACCUAUGAUCAAAGACGACGGCUGGGAUGUGUUUUUCACUGGAAAGUUGACGACUUCUAGCCGGGGUGACUCAGAAUGGACCAAGACCUACGAUAUGGCUCAUCUUGCAUGCUUCGUUGGAGGCAUGUAUGGACUAGGCGGUAAGAUCUUUGGCCGUGAUGGGGAUAUCGACAAGGCCAAAAAGCUCACUGAUGGUUGCGUGUGGGCAUAUCAGUCAACGGCUACCGGUAUAAUGCCUGAAUAUGCUCAUCUGGUCGCUUGCCCUGCCCUGGAAAAGUGUGCUUUCAGUGAAGAGAGUUGGUAUGAGGAUCUCGACCCUAACAGAGAAUGGCGCGAUAGUGAGUUCCGGAAAUGGUCAGACGGCGAGGCCCAGAGAAAACUCGCAGAAGGAGCUGCUCCCGCCGCUGCCCAACAAAACAAGCCCGAUAAUUCAAACAAGGGACCGGAGCCUGUCGUUAAUCCCCCGAAGGUGGUCAAGCGGGCAGGUAUACCGAUGCCUGAGCUGGAUAGGAGUAUGGAAGAGGACGACUCGGAGUUUGGAUCAACGCUCCCCGAUUCACUCAAGCAGAAAAUUGGGCUGAAUAAGGACGGGUCUGAAAAGACCGAAGCAGAAAAGGCAGAUUUGGGCAAGACUGAUUCGGAGAAAGCCAAGCCUGCUCAAGUCGAGCUAGAAAACAAACCCGCUGCUGUCCAAGAUACAACGGAAAAGACCAUCGCGCCGAAGCCUGUCACUGUAGACAGCUUUGAUGCCGUCAGAAACGCAGAACAAGUUGCUGCUUCUGAUGACGUACCCCUGGAAAGGCCCGUGACGCACGAGGAGUACGUCAAGUCGAGGAUUCAAAGAGAAAGACUACCUCCAGGCUACACCGAUAUAAUGAACCGGAAUUACAUCCUUCGACCUGAGGCGAUUGAAUCUGUUUGGUACAUGUAUCGCAUUACUGGCGAUACUACCUGGAUGGAUAAGGGUUGGAAGAUGUUCCAGGCUACAAUUGCUGCUACUCGCACCGAAUUCGCCAACAGCGCCAUCGAAGACGUGACGGCCACAGAGAACAAUCUGAAGGACGAGAUGGAGAGUUUCUGGAUUUCCGAGACUCUCAAGUACUAUUAUCUACUCUUUUCAGAGCCUAACGUCAUUAGCCUUGACGAAUGGGUUCUCAACACUGAAGCGCAUCCUUUUAAGAGGCCAACAUGAACGGCAUUUCAGCGCGUGUUUACAAGCCAUUGUAAUGAGAAUUUGCUCAAAGAGUGUUGAAGUUUUGAAAAGGAGGAAGGAAGGGUGGCAAUGCUGUUUCAUUGUCGGGCAAGUCGAAAUCACGACAAAGGCGUUUUUUUUGGAGAAUGGUCAGGAUAGUUUAUGAUUAUAAGGCGCUGAUCAUCUGAGGAUAUAUCAAUGUACAUACGUAUUUCAUCUGCAGCCGGGGUAUCUCCUCAGCGUUUCGUGGUUUAGAGUGAAGCUACUCACUUUGUUCCAUCUUCGUCACCUAUUC